AUGGAUUCGUCUACAGGAUGGCUGAUUGCAUCAGUUAUUGUAGCGUACUUGAUUUGGUUCAAAUCAAUCGCACGGUCAUUAACAGGUCCACGCGUAUGGCCUCUAUUGGGUAGCUUACCAGGCUUAAUCCAGAAUGCUAAUCGCAUGCAUGAUUGGAUCGCCGACAAUCUGCGCACGCGUGGUGGCACGUACCAAACCUGCAUCUCUCCCCUCCCCUUUUUAGCACGAAAGCAAGGUCUCGUGACUGUCACGUGCGAUCCCAAAAACCUUGAGCACAUACUCAAGGCUAAAUUCGACAAUUACCCAAAGGGCCCCACGUGGCAAUCGGUGUUUCAUGAUCUGCUUGGUGAAGGGAUCUUUAAUUCUGAUGGUGACACGUGGCUAUUCCAGCGUAAGACUGCUGCACUGGAAUUCACCACUCGAACUCUCCGACAAGCCAUGGCUCGUUGGGUGAGCCGAGCUAUCAAGCUUAGGUUUUGUCCCAUCCUUAAAACGGCGCAGCUUGAAGGUAAGCCGGUUGAUCUUCAAGACCUUUUACUUCGGCUCACUUUCGACAACAUAUGCGGCUUGGCUUUCGGGAAAGACCCACAAACUUUAUCCCCUGGUUUGCCUGAAAAUAGCUUCGCGUCGGCUUUUGACCGAGCCACUGAAGCCACCUUACAACGUUUUAUUCUGCCUGAAAGUAUAUGGAAGCUGAAAAAAUGGCUUAGGCUUGGGAUGGAGGUUGACUUGAGCAAAAGUUUAGGCCACGUGGAUGAGUAUUUGACAGCUGUCAUCAAUACACGAAAGCUUGAGUUGCUUAAUAAGGUCGAUGGUGGAACCCCACAUGAUGACUUACUCUCUCGUUUCAUGAAGAAAAAAGAAGCUUACUCAGAUACGUUCCUACGACACGUGGCACUCAACUUCAUCUUAGCUGGACGUGACACGUCAUCAGUGGCGCUGAGCUGGUUCUUUUGGCUUGUAAUAAAAAACCCCAGGGUUGAAAUGAAAAUUCUAACAGAAAUUUGUACAGUUUUAAAAGAGACACGUGGCAGUGACACGUGUAAAUGGCUAGAGGAACCUUUAAUCUUCGAAGAAGUUGACCAAUUGACGUAUCUCAAAGCAGCAUUAUCGGAAACACUCCGGCUAUACCCAUCGGUACCGGAGGACUCCAAGCACGUCGCCGCCGAUGACGUCCUACCCGAUGGCACGGUGGUUCCGGCCGGUUCUGCCAUCACUUAUUCAAUUUACUCAACCGGGCGGAUGAAAUUUAUUUGGGGAGAAGACGUACUUGAAUUCCGGCCGGAGAGGUGGUUAUCCGGCGACGGAAAAAAGUUCGAGAUCAAGGAUCAAUUCCGAUUCGUCUCUUUCAACGCCGGUCCCAGAAUCUGUCUAGGAAAGGACUUGGCUUACUUGCAAAUGAAGUCGAUAGCGGCGGCGGUGCUGCUUCGCCACCGCCUCACGGUGGUGGCCGGCCACCGUGUGGAGCAAAAGAUGUCCUUAACUCUGUUUAUGAAAUAUGGUCUUAUGGUGGACCUGCACCCACGGGAUUUGGAACCCAUAGUGGAAAAAAUCGGUUGCACGGGAAUGGCACGUGAUGGGGAUUGCUAAAUGUUAAGUGUGAAUAUAUGAGAUUUAUUAAAGUAGACUGUUAUUUUACUUUGUGGUUUAUCACAGACGGUCAUUUUACCAAACGAUGAAAAGCAAAAAGUUUCACAGACUGGACUGUGACCGUUACCUGAUUGCCAGAAAGAUUUCACAAGUUGUUACCUUUUUUUUUUUUUUUUUUUUCCUUUUUAUUGGAAUAAAUAAUCCACACAUGUAAUGAAUAUAUAUAUUUCUUCUAUUUAAAUGAAGGGG